AUGUAAACUUUCGAAUAUAGUGAUGAAGAGGCUUAUCAAGAUUCUAUUAAAGAGAAAUUAGAUAAAUUACAUGAUUUACCAUUAAAAUUUAAACAUAAAACUGUUUGUCUAAGAAGUAUUAGUGGAAUUAAAUCUCGUAAAUCAUAGACUUGUUUUAAAUUAAGUAAAAGAAUAUAAGAAUCAAGUUCUGAAUCUUCUUGUGAUGAUUCUUCAGAAAUAUAACUAUCAGAAUUUGAUAUCUCAGAUGAAAAUAAAAAAGCCAAUAUUCUAUGUUAAUAUAAGAAUAGUUACUUUAAUGAGAAAAUUAAAAUGUUUAAUGAAAUAAAAUCUAAAAAAUUUUGGUAAGGAAACUAAAUUAGUAGAAUCUAAAUAAAUAAAGAUGAUUAAUCUGUUAAAUUAAAUAAAUCUCCUUCUAUUUAAAGAUAAUCAUCACCUAUAUCUGAGAGUAAUCAUAAUACAUUAAGUUUUAUUAAAAAGACUAAAGAUAUAGCAGAUUAUUCUUUUGAUUAAUCGUUUAAAUAAGUAAAUUCUCCAUUAAUGUUUUAUCUAACAAAUUUUCAUUAAACUAGCAUCAAUAAUAAUAAUAGUUCUAAUGUUAUUAAUAAUAGAUCAUGCUAAUAAUCAUUAAAUAAUAGUCAAUUUACUAUUGAUGUUCCAUGUAAUGAAUCAUUUGCUCAUUAAUCUUCAAAUAAAUUAAAUGAAAAAGAUAUUUUAAAUCAAAUUAUUGAAGCUGUUUUUAAUAGAAACAUAUAAUUAUUAACUAAAAUUGUAUUAUUAUUGUAAAAGGAAUAUAGAACUGAUUUAUUGAAUAUGAAAGAUCUAAAUGGAAAUACACCUCUUUUAUUAGCUAUAAAAUUGUAAUAAUAAUAAAAUCAAUUUUCCACUAUUCGAUUAUUAUUAUCAAAUGGUUCUGACCCUGCUAUUAAAGAUACAAAUGGAUGGAGUCCAAUUGAAGAAACUGUUGCUUAAAAUGACUUAUUGACUACAUCAUUAUUAUUUGAUUACUUAGUUUCUAAGAAAUUAUUUGAUAUGUAAUAGGAACGAAAUUAAAUUGAUUAGGAACUAUUGAAAAUCCAUGAUUUCUAUCUCGAAAUGAAAUGGGAAUUCAAAUCCAGCUUUAUUCCUUUCAUCUCAAAAUUUACUCCUAAUGAUACUUUUAAAAUAUAUAAGAGAGGUAAUAUAAUGUAUUAAUUCAGGUUCAUCUUUGAGAUUAGAUUCUACUUUUGCAGGAACAAAGAAUUAUAAAACUAAAAGAAGAGAUCUAACAGUAAUUUAUAAUCCAUUAAUGGGAUCAGUUUAGAGAAAGGAAAAUAGUUCAAAUUGUAAAUUUGUCACUAUUUUAAAUAGAAAUAAAAAGAUAUAUUAUUAUCCUAUUGUAAGAUUUUUAAAUUAAAUUAGCAAGAUAUAGAUCCUGAAGAAAAGAAUUAAAUUUUAAUGGAUUUAUUAAAUUGUGAUAGUGUAAGUGGAGAUUUGAAAGUUAUUGGAUGUGAAUUAAUAAAAAGUAAGAAUUUAUUUGGGAAUUAUAUCAGUUAAAAAAUAAAUAAUUGGAUUUGUUAAAAAUAUGAAUUUAAAAUACAAACUUCAUAACAUUUUAAUAAGAAACAUCAAUAAAAUUAUUUUAUGAAUUUAGAUUAAUAUUUAAAUUAAUCUAUUGAUUAAAAUCCUACAAGUGCAAGAUUUAAUUUAGAAUAAAUAACAAGUCAAAUAGUAGGAGAUUAAUUAUUUAUUAAUUCUACUUCUAUUAAUUAAGAUAAUGUAUAGAAAAAGAAUAAUAAUUAAAAUAAUGCAAAAAAUGAAAAUGAUAAAAGUAUUAUAUAAAUUACACUUUUUUAGAAUCAUCAGAAUCUUGCUAAGUUUAUAUAAGUCAAUCAUUUCCAUUAAAUUUUUAGCAGUUUCUUCCUAUUAUUAAAAUGCUAUCUAAUGGAAAUGAAUUUAUAUCAUCUUUAUAAACAGUAUUAUCAAAUGAGACUGUUAAAUAAUUACUUACCGAAAAAGGAUUUCCAGUCAGAAUAGAAAUUCCUAUAAAUUUUACUAUUGAUGCUGUUGUGACAUUUUAAGCAUAUAAAUAAAUUGAUAAUGAAGAUAUUUAAAUAAAAAAAUUAUUCUAGAUUCCAGAAGAAUACUAAUUGGUUUCUAGAAAAGAUGCAACUAAAGUGAUGAAAAGAGGAAAAAAAAGAUUAUUUUUAGCUAAUUUAUUUUUAUGA